ACAGCUCAGUUGUACUUCAGUUGUACAGUGAGUGUGGUGUGUACAGUGCAUAGAACAUAAAUAAAAAAAACCGGAAAAAUGAAACCGUCACGAUUUUGCAGCUUACAAAUUGGAUCUGUGGGUGUUCUAGCUCUGCUUCUGUACCUAAUUGAUUAUUCUAUAGCUUCGCUGGACGGUUAUAUACCUGGCGAAGACUACCCAGCAUUCGAAGAGGUGCCAACGGGGCUGGCCUUCACCUGCGAUGAUAAGAUACCCGGAUAUUAUGCUGAUCCUGAAACGCAGUGCCAAGUCUGGCAUUGGUGUGUACCAACUAUUGGUGGUAACAUACAAUACUCAUUCCUCUGUAACGCUGGCACUGUGUUCAACCAAAGAACGAGAGUCUGCGAUUGGUUCUUUAAUGUGGAUUGCCCCAGCGCGCCCGCUUUCUAUGGAAUUAACGAGGACCUGUACAAAGACGAGGCUGGAAACUUAAUCGCUGGCAAAAAGACAUAUAAAACUGACAAUACAUUCGACAAAAGACGACUAUUAGCACGGCUUAGGCAUAAUCUCCAACAGAAUAUUAAAUUGACAACGUGAAAAACAAGUGACGACUAAACAAAUAACCUGAAUUUAUUGGUACAAUGAUAAUCUUAUAACGAACCUAUUACUGCGAGUGACUUCAUUACAAAAUAUCUUUUCGAUUUAUUCUCAUAAAUUCACAAAUAAAAUUGAUUUUAUUUGAAUAUAGGUACAACAACAACAAAUUGUUUUUUAAACUUUAAAUAGUUUGCUCGCUUUAAAAGAUAUGUCGAUGUAACAUUUUAUUAUUGGGUUUAUUUCUUAAUUAUCAAAGUAUGAUAAGGCAGUUUAGGUCGUUUCUUUCUUUAGUUAUAAAUACCAUGAGAAGGCAUUUUACUUUGAGUAGAUUUCAAUGUUACUUAUAGAUAUAGAUCAAUACAACUUUUUGUUCUGUAAAUAACGAUUUGAAUGGAAUGUCUGCUUGUUUGCGUCAAGAACUAAACUGAUUUUUGUGAAACUUUAAUAUGGAAUUAAAAACGUAAUCAAUGUAUUGGAAUGCUUUUACCUCUUUCUAGCUAAUCAAAUCAUUUAUUUUAUUUGUAAAGCUAGGUAAAGUAGGUUUUCUAAUAUGACUAACAUACUAAUAUACAUAUUUUAACAUGGUGUCAUACUAUAUCGAAAUAUAAAUUAGUACAUGGUACAGGGGCUGUUGGACCCUAUGCCUUAUACUUCUGCGACCGUCAAAGACCUCAAAGACUCCUUAAAACCUGGUGAUCGUGGUCUUUUAACAUAUAUAUUAUAUUAUAUUAACGUAGGAAAGUGCAAACAUACAAAAAAUUCUAUUUUUUAGUAAAAAUAAAUAUACAAAAAAGGACUGACUUACUGACUGACUUGUUAACCAAAAUUAUUAAUAUUUAUCGUAUAAAUGAGCACUGAGUAAAAACUUUGAAAUUCCAUGUCUUAUGGGGGGAAAAGGGAGGAAUAUAAGAAGCUUAAAGCAGACGAAGUCGCUGGCAGGUAGUUGUAUUAAAAAGUACAUGAACAACAAUUAUAUUUCUUUAUAUGUUUGUUUUAUGUGUGUGUUUUUAUUGAGAAAUGUGAAAUAUUACGCAAUGAGGUUUUGGUAAAUAGCUUGUUUACAAUAAUACGAUGUUCUUAAUAUAAUAUCUUGAAAUGCGUUAUUCAAUAUUUGUAAAUAAUAAUAUUAGAUAAUAUAAUCGUUUUGCAGUUUUGUGAAGUUUUGUUUAAAGUGUGUAUAUAGCUUUUGAAUCAUUUAUGUAAUAAAAGGUUUCAGUCCAUGAAUACUAAAAUCUAUCAAUUGCUAUAUUUUAUUUAUUUAUUUGUAUUAACAACAUAGUUUAUUAUAUUUUUCAUUGAGAAAUUUAAUAUUGUAUGUAGCAUAGAAACCCUAAAUGUGUAUUUAUAAUUAAUAUGAAAUAUGUCAGAAAUUGUGUGAAAGAUUUUAAAACGUUACCGUGACGUACCAAAAUUAAUUACUUUUUACUUUUUUAUAAAAUAAAUAUUGAAUGAA